UUCUGGACCACAACAAAACGUAUCACAGAGCCGCCCGCUGCACUCGGCACUAGCAGCAGUAGUAUUAUAAUGAUGGCAUUAUAGUUGUAGCGCCGAUCAAACAUCAGUCGACCGCGGUUAGUAGUACUGCUUCUGUUCAUAUUGAAGAUAGCUAAUAAAUAUUUCGCAUUUCUAAAUGGAUGGAGUUCAGAGAAAUUUCAGUAUGAUGGCCGAGAAAAUCGAUAGAAUGCGAUGUUUAAGGGAACGAUGCGACAAUUAUGUUAGACUAAUAAAACUAACACUUGAUGAAACAAUCAAAGAACAAAAUUCGCUUUUGGAUGGAUCAGCUAUUCAUAAUAGAUUAAAAUAUUUAGGUGUAUUGGAUAAACCAAAAUCAUUAUCAAAUACAUUCAACACUGACAAAUAUCAUAAAAAUAUUGAUUUUAAUAACAAAUACAAGUACUUGGUGUUUGAUGAUGAUUUGAAUUUUAGGCAACGUAAACAUAAAUCUAACUUAAAUACAAAUGAUAUGUAUUUAUCAAACGAUUACAGCAACUAUAAUACUAACUAUAAACCACAAGCUUAUGAUUUUUCCACGGUAUGUGAUGACCAGAAUAACUCAUCAUAUUAUAUGCCAAUCAAUUAUAAAAAAUAUAGAAAACCAAUGAACUUCCGAACAUUGAAUACUCAAGAAUACCAAGUUUAUUAUUUUCCUACGUCAAAACCUAUACCUCAAUAUCCUAGACAAACCACUGAAGGAUUUUACAGACGAAAACCUAUUAAACAAUAUCCAGAAGAAGAAGUUCCUUAUUGGCAAACACGAUAUCCAAAACCAGUGAGAGUUGUUGAACGAGAACCAUCGUAUUCAAUGGUUGAUUACGGUUACCGGAGUACAAAUGAUUAUCGUAUUAGCAAAUCAAAUAUUGAGCCAUAUUCACCUGAGCACCAUACAAGAUAUUAUACAACAAAUGAUAAUAAUAUUUAUCACGGCCAUGAUGAUAGUGAUUAUUAUUAUGAACCUCAUCUAGGACAACGGUCGUAUUCUAGUAUAACAAGACCAUGUUCACCAGUAUAUAAUAGAGAUAUUUUUUGUGAUAGAACUCAAUUAGAAAAUUCUAGCAGUUUGCUUGAAAAAAAAAUUCGAGAUUAUGUAUGGAAUCCGCAUAAAGAACGUGUUAAAAAGUACAUGACUCCAAGUUAUGAAAAAACCAAAUAUUACACUGAUUUUAAACCAUUAAAGGUUAAACACCAAGGAGAUGAAACAUUCAGAACACAUUCACCAUUAGGAUUAGAUUCCCGCGUAUGCAAUAGAGGAAAUGAAGUAAACAAUGAAAAUGAGUAUAAAAAAAACUCAAUACUUAUGUCACCCGAAAAAAAAUCUGCAGAUGAAGAAAUUUUUCAAUCCAAUAAAGACAAUGAUGGUUAUUCUGAAUGUACAAUAAAUAGAAAAAAAACUGAUAGUCUUUCGACACUUCCAAAGCGAAUUAGUUUUGAUCUCGGCAAUGAGCAUAUUGAUCUACCUAUUCAUACAAAUUCAAUUGGAGAAAAAAUUAAUGAAAAUUAUGUCACGAAAGACCAUAACUUAGUUUUGGGAAAAAAAGAAUCAAAUACAAAAAUCGAUGAUAAGCGUCGAACAUCGUUAUUAUCAAAUGACAAUUAUUCAAUGCCAAUAAAUAAACAACGGGUUUCACCAAGUAAUACCAAUGUAAGUUCAAGAAGGCAGUCAUUAAGUAAACAAGAAAAGUUAGCUUCAAUCGGAAAUUCUUUUGAAUCUGAAAAAUAUAUAAAUUUGAAAAAUAAUUAUCAAGGCAAUGAUUCAAGUUUAUCAGAACAAAAUGAACGUUUUUAUAAUAAUGAUAGAAUAAAUUAUGAUAAUAAUAAUGAUAUACAGAUUUACUCAAAAACACAAAGUGAUAAAAACAAUGUUGCACUGAAAGAUGAAAAUACAUAUCCUGAUCUCAGACGUGAUAGUUAUGAUAAUAGUAAAAAAAAAUCAAUGGAGACUACAGAUAACACCAAUUUUAGUUAUCAAGAUCACAUUGAAAAUAGUAAAAAUAUAAGGGAUAAAUUAAAUAUCACUGGACGCAGAGAAAGUUACAAAAACGGACAAAAAUUUAAAAUAGAAAAUACACACGGAAAUACAAAUUCAAAUGGUAUUGAUAACAAAUUAGACAACGAAUAUAAUAACAAAAAUAGUACACAUGUAUCGCCUAAAAAUAAAAUUAGCUCAACCAUAAUUGAUCAUAGUAAUGGCAUUAAUAAUAUGAACAAGUACAAUAUGAAUGAAUAUGAAACUGAUCACCUUCAACAAUUUACUAAUAAAAAUGAUAGUGUGGAAAAACAAAACAAUGCUGAAACUAUUCAACCAUAUAACAAUGUUGUUAAUGAUGUGAACAAUGAAAUAGAUAACAUUAAUACCGUAACACAAGUUAGUUCUGAUUUCAAAACGAUUCCGAAAGACCAAGAUUCAUUACAUGACAUUUCGAAUAACGAGCUAACGAAUAAUACAAAUUAUUACCAAGAUAAUUCUGAUGGCAAUCAUAUAAAAGAACACUCCACUCAUGGGUAUGAGACACAACUGGAAAAUGUUGCUAACGAUGAACACUUUUAUUCAGACGAACUUAUUGAUGAUCACAAAGAAAUCAUAACACACGACAACAUCGAACCAAAUCAUCAAAAUAAAUUUGAUGACGAAAACAAUGUACACGACGACUAUUAUUAUCAAAAUCCUACAGACAAAAAAGAAGAAAACCAGUACGAGAAUCCUGAUUCCCAAGUUAAUAAUGUCGACAACCAACAUACUAAUGAUGAUUAUUAUUAUCAAAAUUAUUCUAAUGUCGACCCAAAAGAACAACAAGAAAAUCAAUAUUCCGAACCUGGUGUAAAAGGAGAGUAUACAGGUGAACACGUCGAGCACGAUGAUUAUUAUUAUCAAAAUCACGCAAGAGAUGAUGUAAAAGAUCAACAAGGAGAUCAACAGUAUGUUGACCCUAACUAUCAGGGAAAUUACGGCGAUCAGCCACCGACUCACGAUGACUAUUAUUAUCAAAACUAUUCUAAUGUUGAUCCAAAAGUACAACCAGAAAAUCAAUACAGCGAAUCUGAUCACCAAGGAGAAUACGUAGCCGAGCAAAUGAACCAUGACGAUUACUAUUACCAAAGUCAUCCAGAGGAAGGUACAAACGAAAAUCAAGUCGAUCAGCACUAUCAAGAGCAUCAAGGAAAUUACACUAAUGGAGAGCAGGACAAUUAUUAUUACGAGAAUAAUUCUAAUGUAAACACAGAAAGACAUCCCGAAGGUGAUUAUGACGAACACGCUCAACAGCAAACAUACGCAGGUGACCAGCACGCAAAUGACGGAUACUAUUAUCAAGAAGGCGACACAAACUAUAGCGAGUCUGUCCCCAAAGAACAGUAUGACGGUUAUGGUGAUAACAAUCACGACGAUAAUGUCGCUUAUUAUCCAGAAUCAAAUGUCGAACAUUAUGACCAGCAACAACAUGAUUAUGAAAACGAUAGUUACCCUACACAAAAAUCCGACUACAUGGAACCGUAUGAACAAAAUUCUAUGAACGAAAAUAAUGAUUAUUCCGAAAACAUCGAUGGAAGUCAACCGACGAGUCAAAUUGUCAACGAACAAAAAUAAUUUUACUACUUGACGAUAAUCAACUAAAAAAUAUUACUUAAAUGCUACCUAUAUAUUAAAUGUAAAAAUAAUAUUAAUGUUAAUUUGUAGAAAAAAAGUAUCAGUUUUUGUUAUUAUCAUUUUAAACAAAAUGCAUUGUAAAAUAAAUCGUAAUAUUAAAUCAUCUAGUACAUUUAUUUUAAUAAAAUUAAGAUUAUUGGAAAUUGUAGUUGUUAAAAAUAGUGCAAAUAUAGGUACAUUUAAUAUAGUUGUACAUGUAAAUAAAAUCCAUAAAUUAUUUAUUUCCUUAUAUAGUAAGUUAUUAUUUGUUAAUUAUAUCAUAACGAUAAAAAAAUAACAAGAAUAAGUAAAGCGUAAUAUAAGUGAUAAAUUUUAUAACUAUAAUAAUUCGUUACCUAUACUGUAAUAUUGCAUUAUUACUAUAGGUAUUAUGAGAGUUUUUACAUAUUAUCAUGUAUGGAAAAAAAAUAUACUGUGUUAACUAAAUAAUUUAAUAGUUUUCCAUAAUAUUAAAUAAAUGUAAAAAAAAAUGUAGUAAACAUUAUUAAACAUUAACUCUAUUAAUUAUUACUUAAUUUUAUCUUCGACAAAUAUCAGGUUGACGGGUGUAGCUACUAUUUUUUUUUAAUUUUAAUAAUUUAAAUAAUUGCAUACAUCACAGGAACACAAACAAUAUUUUAUACCUACUUAAUAAUAGCACGUAAAAUGAUUUCUUUUUGUCCGAAGUCCGUUUUGCUCUUCAUUUUAAUGGAGUUUUUAUAACAUUAAAAUAUCUACCCAAUAUCAUAAUAAUUCCAUUAUUAUACAUAAUAACACUGAAAUUUAUUGUUAUUACACAUUUUCGCAUUAUUAUAAUAUUUUAAUAAUUUUAUAGUUAAUAGUAAAUGCAGUUAAAUGUUAAUAUAACAAUAGUUGAUAAUACCUAAGCAAACUUAUCAAAAUAACAAAAUUUUGUUGUUUUGAACCAUUAUGUAAUCGUUUCUCAUGUAUUUUUUCCCUUCUAUUUUACGUAGGAACUUCAUUAAAUUGCUAAAUACUUACUUACAAUUAAAAAAUAAUAAUAAACUUUUUGUUAGCCGAAGGCACAUAGUUUAUGUGUAUAUUUUACACUGCUGAGUCGGUUUUAGUUAAUUGAACUGCGUGUAGUAUAGGUAGCCAGGUAGGUACGAAAUUUGUAUAUCAAUAGUACCAAAUAGUUAAAUGUACAACGAUUAAUUUUUUACAUUAUUUAAAUUAUUUUAGUCAAUUACAUGUUGUGAGGUUUUUUGUUUUUAUAUUAUAAUAAUAUAAUUAAAGAUACUUUAUGAGUUUUAAUGUUUUUCGUCUUUUCGAUGGCUGUGAAAAUAAUUUAUCGUUUAUGGACUUAUGGUUAAGAGUUUAUAAGACCACUUUACCUGAUAAUUUUAAAGCAAUAUUAUGUACAUGUACUUACUUAAUUGUCCUAAUUAUAUUUAAAUUAUGUAAAAAUGUAAACAAGAUUACGUAUAGAUUAAAAAUCAUAUAAUACAGCAUAAUAUGAUCAUUUUUUUUUUUUAAUAUAACACGUUUGUGUUAUGUAAUAAAAUGUGUGUAUUAUGAAAAUUGACAAAAAGUAGGACAUGCACCCUACCUAGUACUAAUUAUUAUUGUAGUUUGUAGUCCGUAUAAAUAUUUACAAUGUAUAAUGUUUUAAAAAAAAUGUUAACUAUAUAAUAUGUUAUAAUAUAGCUAAACAAUACCUUUUUGAGAUUUUUCACAUAUGAAAUAUUAUAAAUUACUUCACAUUAUAAAUUUUAAAUAAACCGAAAAUGACCACUGACCAUCGCGAUCGGUUGGUAGAUGAAUUCUUAGUACCUAUUUACAAUAAGUCUAACUCAGUCUAUAAGUUAGGUAAUAAAUAUAUUUAUAUUCUUGAUAAUGC